GUGGCUCCAUGUUAAUCUCUGCAGUCUACUGCUUCUUCCUGUUUUUUGGCAACAGCGAGUCUGCGAUGGUCGGCUGGCAGUGCCUGUUCUGUGGGACAAGCAUUGCGGCCUGGAAUGCUCUGGAUGUGAUCACAGUGGAGCUGUAUCCCACCAACCAGAGAGCAACAGCCUUCAGCAUUCUCAAUGGAUUAUGCAAAUUUGGCACCAUCCUGGGAAACACCAUAUUUGCUUCUUUUGUUGGGAUAACCAAAGUGUUCCCCAUCCUUCUGGCCGCUGCUUCUCUGGUUGGGGGUGGCCUGAUUGCCCUUCGACUGCCAGAGACUCGAGAACGGGUUCUGAUGUGAACCAUCUAUGGGAAAAGGAAAGGUCAAGAGAAUCUUGUCCAGGACACUAAAAUGCAUCCACACUUCCUGUCUAUCACGGUCCAGAGGGCAUCUCGGAUAACAUGCGAGGAGAAGUUGACUUUGUGACCCCUAGUUUAGGACCCACUUCAGCUGUCAAUAUGUUUGUAACUCAGAUGACUGUUUUGGGGGUGCCCUGAGCCACCCUUAGAAUCACAGAGCUGCGUGUUUAACUUCAGGUCUU